AUGGAGGCGCCGGCCGCGGGCCGUGUUCCCGCCGAGGGCGCCCCGCCGGCGGCCGUGGCCGAGGUGCGCUGCCCGGGCCCGGCACCGCUGCGCUUGCUCGAGUGGAGGGUGGCGGCAGGCGCGGCCGUGCGGAUCGGCUCCGUGCUGGCUGUGUGCGAGGCCGCCGCCUCCGCGCAGCACUCCGGGCCCGCCCCGUCCCGCGCCGCCUCUGGUAGCUGUGUCCGCUCCGCGCGGGCCGAGCGCAGGCUCCGGUCGGAGCGCGCCGGCGUGGUGCGGGAGCUGUGUGCGCAGCCGGGCCAGGUGGUGGCCCCCGGAACGGUUCUGGUGCGGUUAGAAGGAUGCAGUCACCCAGUUGUCAUGAAAGGCCUGUGUGCGGAGUGUGGCCAGGACCUGACCCAGUUGCAGAGUGAGAAUGGGAAGCAGCACGUGCCCGUGUCCACAGCGACCGUGUCGAUGGUGCACAGCGUGCCGGAGUUGAUGGUGAGCUCCGAGCAAGCUGAAAAACUAGGAAGGGAAGACCAGCAACGACUGCAUCGAAACAGAAAACUAGUGCUCAUGGUUGAUUUGGACCAGACCUUAAUUCACACGACAGAACAGCACUGUCAGCAGAUGUCAAAUAAAGGCAUCUUCCACUUCCAGCUGGGCCGGGGCGAGCCGAUGCUGCACACCCGCCUGCGCCCCCACUGCAGGGACUUCCUGGAGAAGGUUGCCAAGCUGUACGAGCUGCACGUCUUCACUUUCGGCAGCCGCCUGUACGCGCACACGAUUGCAGGCUUUUUAGACCCCGAGAAGAAGCUUUUUUCUCAUCGAAUAUUAUCAAGGGACGAAUGUAUUGACCCAUUUUCUAAAACGGGAAACCUUAGAAACCUCUUUCCUUGUGGAGACUCAAUGGUUUGCAUCAUUGAUGACCGGGAAGAUGUGUGGAAGUUUGCGCCCAACCUGAUAACCGUGAAGAAGUACGUCUACUUCCAGGGCACGGGCGACCUGAACGCACCACCUGGCUCCCGGGAAUCUCAGACGAGAAGAAAAGUGAACCAUUCUUCUAAAGGUGCCGUCUCAGAGCAGGCGCCACCUGCCAGGGACCCCGAGGAAGGAAAGCAGGCGCCUGGGCCCGAGCAGAGGGAUGGCCUGGGGCAGCCCGUGAGGCAGCUGAACGGUGGUGAAGCUGUUCCCCAGGGGGACGUGCCCCGGCCCAGGCAGGCGGGUGAGCAGGAUGCCCAGGCCCAGUCCCCCCCGACCGGCAGCCCCAGCAGCCACGAGCCGGCAGAGGCCCUAGAGCUUCAAAAGCCUUGUGAGCAGGGCGGCCGGGUCUCCCCAGGCACGCCGCCUGCCCAGGGCACCCCAGGUGCGGACUUGGAUUUUGACUUAUCCAGCGACAGCGAGAGCAGCAGUGAGUCGGAGGGUCCUAAGUCGUCAUCCUCCACCAACUCUGAUGGAGAGAGUGAAGAAAAGAGCAACCAGAGAAAGCCCAAAGCUGCCCCAGAGGGCAAGAGGGUGCUGCCUCGUGCAGGCUCCCCUGACGCUGGCGGCGGGAGGCCUGCAGGCGCUAGUCACCCCGGGGAGUCUGGGCCCAGCGUCCAUCCUCAGGACAAAGGGCCCGAGCCGGGUGCGCCAGAGGAGAGCGAGCGCGACAGCCUCUGCGGCCUGGGCAACGGCUGUGCGGACAGGAAGGAGGCGGAGACAGAGUCGCAGAACAGCGAGCAGUCCGGCAUCACUGCGGGCGAGUCCCUGGACCAGAGCGUGGAGGAGGAGGAGGAGGAGGAGGACACAGACGACGACGACCACCUCAUCUACCUGGAGGAGAUCCUGGUCCGGGUGCACACUGACUAUUACGCCAAGUACGACAGGUACCUCAACAAGGAGAUCGAGGAAGCUCCGGAUAUACGGAAAAUCGUGCCUGAACUCAAGAGUAAAGUGUUGGCGGAUGUCGCCAUCAUAUUUAGCGGGCUGCACCCCACAAACUUCCCGAUAGAGAAGACCCGGGAGCACUACCACGCCACGGCCCUGGGCGCGAAGAUAGUCACCCAGCUGGUGCUGAGCCCCGACGCCCCUGACAGAGCCACGCACCUGAUCGCCGCGCGGCCAGGCACGGAGAAGGUCCUGCAGGCGCAGGGGUGUGGGCACCUGCACGUGGUCAGCCCCGACUGGCUGUGGAGCUGCCUCGAGCGCUGGGACAAGGUGGAGGAGCAGCUCUUCCCGCUCAGGGAGGACGACGCCCGAGCACAGAGGGACAGCAGCCCCGCGGCCUUUGCUGACAGGGAGGGCAUGCUCCCGUCCACGCUGUUCCACCCGAUGCCCGUGCACCCCAAGGCCCCGCCAGGCCCGGAGGUUCGGGUCUACGACUCCAGCACCGGGAAGCUCGUCAGGACAGGUGCCCAGGGCCCCCAGCCCCCGCCCCCUGGCACCCUGCCUGUCCACGGGGAGCCAUCCUCUUUCAGAGCUGUUCAGCCACAUCAGCAGCAGAUGUUUGGUGAGGAGCUGCCCGAGGCUCGAGAUGGAGAGCAGCCUGGCCCUUCUAGGAGGAGGCGACAGCCCAGUAUGUCAGAGACAAUGCCGCUGUACACUCUGUGUAAGGAGGAUUUAGAGAGUAUGGACAAAGAGGUUGAUGACAUCCUAGGAGAAGGCAGUGAUGACAGCGACAGUGAGAAGAAGAAGCCGGAAGAGCAGGAGGAGGAGCUGGAGGGGCGACCGCAGCCCAGCAUGCCCGAGGCCUGCAAGGUGCUGGCAGCAGGGGCGGCAUCCUCGCCCAGCCAGAGGAGCGUGGCCCGUGGGCCCAGAGGCCACAAGCGGAAGCUGAACGAGGAGGACUCCGCCAGCGAGUCCAGCAGGGAGUCCAGCAACGAGGACGAGGGCAGCAGCUCGGAGGCGGACGAGAUGGCCGCCGCGCUCGAGGCCGAGCUGAACGACUUCAUGUGACCACAGGCUCCCCGCGCAGGCGGGGGCCACGCCACGAGCCAUGCCCCGCCUCACAGACCCCCGGCUUCCUGGGCCGCCUUCAGCGUGGGUUCCUUCUCUCCAGAAAGACGUGUAUAUUUUGUAGAGCUCCACAUACAGAAACACGUUAUUUUGCAGAGAAAUGGGUGUUUUUAAGAAGUUUUGCUGCAGGAAAAUCUACUUUUGUAAGCAACAGUGUGGAAGGGAGUCGGGGUCUAUGCCAAAGAGCCCCACAGGGCCACAUGGGGCCUGGAGUGGGCCGUGCCGUGUGGGGGCCAGGCAGGGAUGUCCCCUCGUGUCCCAGAGCACGCUGCGUAGGGCAAGGACUGGGGAGGUAAGGUGUGGAGAGUGACGCGUGGAGGCCUGGGGUCUCAUCCUACCGUUCCCAGCUGAAGCCAUCAGAAUCUGAAAAGAUUUUUACACGAAACAGAACACACGUGUGCACAGAGCACUGAGGCCAGCACACACAG